ACAAAACUCUCUCAAAGUGAGUGCUGAAUCUUUGCUGUUGCAUGCUCUGGAUGGUCGUUGGGAAGAGAAUGAGUGGCUGGAGAGGCGUUUUGAAUGGAAUUUAGGCGCUGGAUGCGGAUCGAGGGGACUUGGAUGACGCUGACUGACUGUCGCUUGGGUUGUUUUAUAGAUGAAGGUCGAAAUUGACUCUUUCUCGGGCUACCGAAUCUACCCCAGCAAGGGCAAGCUCUUUGUCCGGGGUGACUCCAAAGUCUUCCGCUUCUCCGGCUCCAAAUCCGCUUCCCUCUUCCUCCAACGCAAAAACCCCCGCAAAAUCGCCUGGACACAAGUCUACCGCCGCAUGCACAAGAAGGGCCUCACUGAGGAGGUCACCAAGAGGAAGUCGAGGAAGACUGUGAAGCACCAGAGGGGUAUCGUCGGUGCUGACUUGGCUGCCAUCGCCGCCAAGCGGAACCAGACCGCUGCUGUUAGGGAGCAGCAGAGGUUGGCUGCUAUCGCCAAGGCUAAGAGCGAGAAGAAGGAGAGGGAGAGCAAGAAGGCCAAGCCCGCUGUUCGUCAAUCGAUCCCCUCUGGACCCAAGGUGUCCAAGCAGCAGAUGAAGGGUGGCAAGGCUGGCCGAUAAGCGAUAAUUACGAACAACAGGAAUUUUGUCGCGAGUCGUUCUAUCCCUCCAUUUUUUGUUGUACGAUGAUUUCCACUAUGUUUCUAUGCACGCAUGCCCCCUUCUAUGCAACAGCAACAUCGCACGACGCAACAUAUUCGCUUUUCUUC